UCCAGCCGCUGAGAGCCCCCUUUGGCACUUGGCAGCACGCGGCAGCGGGCUCCUCGGCUCAACUUGGUGGAGCCUCCGCGACGCAACUUUGGGGGCUGUUUUGCAUUUAAGAGAGAACGACCGAGGAGGAGGAGCGCUCUGCCCGGCCGCCGCUACCUGCGGGGAGCUCGCGAGCAAACACCACUGGAGACGAAGCACCCAAAGAACGUCAAGGGCAAACUGCCGCCGCGGGGAGGGGAAACCGCCGAGAAGUUAGAGUGUCCCGGAGACAACCUGCCGGAGCGCUCGGCCGGAGACCCUAGGGCGGCCCGGGGUGCGACGCGGCCCUGGGCUGGUUCCCCAGCACCCUCCUCCGGGGAGGGAGCGACGCCAGGGCGCGACGUGGGGCGCGGCGAGCCCCGGCCGGUCAAGCGGGUCCCCUCGGGCAGCCAACAUUGAUUUCCUCCGAGCCGAGGGCGAGGGCCCGGGCGGCGGCGGGCUGCAGCCGCGGCAGGGCGAGAGCAUGUCCAAGCCGGUGGAUCACGUCAAGCGGCCCAUGAACGCCUUCAUGGUGUGGUCGCGGGCUCAGCGGCGCAAGAUGGCCCAGGAGAACCCCAAGAUGCACAACUCGGAGAUCAGCAAGCGCCUGGGCGCUGAGUGGAAGCUGCUCACGGAGUCAGAGAAGCGGCCGUUCAUCGACGAGGCCAAGCGUCUGCGCGCCAUGCACAUGAAGGAGCACCCCGACUACAAGUACCGGCCGCGGCGCAAGCCCAAGACGCUGCUCAAGAAGGACAAGUUCGCCUUCCCGGUGCCCUACGGCCUGGGCGGAGUGGCGGACGCCGAGCACCCCGCGCUCAAGGCGGGCGCCGGGCUGCACGCGGGGGCUGGCGGAGGCCUGGUGCCCGAGUCGCUGCUCGCCAACCCCGAGAAAGCGGCAGCGGCCGCCGCCGCCGCCGCCGCGCGCGUCUUCUUCCCGCAGUCGGCGGCCGCCGCCGCCGCUGCCGCCGCCGCUGCCGCCGCGGGCAGCCCCUACUCGCUGCUUGACCUGGGCUCCAAGAUGGCAGAGAUCUCGUCGUCCUCGUCUGGCCUCCCGUACGCAUCGUCGCUGGGCUACCCGACCGCGGGCGCGGGCGCCUUCCACGGCGCGGCGGCGGCGGCUGCAGCGGCGGCCGCGGCCGCCGGGGGGCACACGCACUCGCACCCCAGCCCGGGCAACCCGGGCUACAUGAUCCCGUGCAACUGCAGCGCGUGGCCCAGCCCCGGGCUGCAGCCGCCGCUCGCCUACAUCCUGCUGCCGGGCAUGGGCAAGCCCCAGCUGGACCCCUACCCUGCGGCCUACGCCGCCGCGCUAUGACCCCGCGGGGCCGCGUCGCGAGGACCGCUGUGCACACGUGUACAUAUGUAUAGUACUAGCGCUGCGGCCGUCCCGUGCGACCUCCCGAGACCGGGGGCCCGCUUUGUAUGUACAUAGAAUGUAUAGGUGCCAGGCGGAGGCAGGGGACCCGGCGGGGCAGGAGAGGCCGAGCGAGCGAGGGCGCGGGCGAGCGUGCCUGUGCAUUCGCCGCAUCAUUUCAGACCCGCACUUCGGCAGCCAACUCGAAAGCGGGCGGUUGUGUCCUGCAGCAGUUGGUGUUUGCUUUGCACUUCGGAACCUGUUGCGUUUUGAUCCACGGAGGUGGAGGAGUAACUUUUUGAUAUGUUGGCCUUUCCAGUUUUGUUGGAAGUUUCUUGGUCGGUUUUGUUUUUGUUUCUCUCAUUCAACUUCUUCGCCCCUCAGCCCCCCAGUCCCCCAGCCCCCUCGCCCCCUCCCGGUCCGUGUUGCAUGCACUCUGUUGAAAGGUGAGGUCUGAAAUGGCUGGCACACGGGAAAAGCUGCUUGUGUCAUUCGUUUCUGGGAGCGGGAUGGCUCUCAGCAGCCUUGCCUCCCUGCUUGUACUAUUUGAACUUUGCGGAUCUCUGUUCUCUCAAGCAGAACUCCCAGACCGGAUCCAUUCUUGACCAGUGACCGGCUCGAAUCUGGCCUUUUGUGUGUGAGAUGAUCACGGUUUCUUUUGUUUAUCACGCCAUAUGCAAAUCAGAGCAAGAGCUCUUUCUCAAGAGCAAGAAACGCCAACAAGAAAUAUGUGUGAGAUGAAAGUUGUCAAUUGGAUUUUCUCCCUAAACAAACAACAACAAACUACUAGAAGUCUCCCUGAGUCCAUUCGCUUGGAUUUCUGACACAGUUUACAAAAAAAAAAAAAAGAGGGGGGAAAGGCGCUGUUCCUAUUUCUCCUUAUGGCUGAGUUCACCUUAAGAUUGUAAAUGUGUAUAUGUCAGUGAAAACAUUGAGGCUUGGAAAAUGUGUGAUUUUCGUUGCCCUAAGUUUGAGUCGCUUUUAGACUCAAAAACAUUUUGAGCGAAUGUCAAAGUUAACUUUUAAAAAUUGCGAAACUAUUUCAGAAUCGCAAUUUUAUCGAAGAUUAAAUCAGACUUUUUUGUCUGGUAAUUAUAUAUUUAUUAUUUAGCAAAACCGAAGGAAAAAAGCACAGAAUUGUUUCAACAGAUGUCUCUCAUUUUCAGCUAGCAUUUCUCUCCCAACUUGAGCUGGUUUAAUGUGUUUUGGAUUUCUCUCCUCAAUUGGCUUAUUUUUUAGAUCUCCUGCAAUUAAUUUGCAAAUUACGAUAAAACACAUUUUAGGAAAAAAAGGAACCUUCUUCAAUUAUUAGCUUUUUUUUUGUUUAUUUUUAAAUGUAUAUAUUUUGACUAAUGUUUGUGAAUGAAGUUGGCUAACAUGUAUUUAGUUUCAUUUUGGCUUUAUGUAAUAUAAAGUUUUUAAAAUUUUAAAUAUUGGUUUUAAUCUUUAUGUGUAAAUGAUUUUCUUGUGUGAUCUUCUAAUUUAAUAUUAGACGUCUAAGGUAUAUCUGUAAAUUAGAAUCCGACUAUCACUCUGUUCAUUUUUUUGAACAAAGAGUUUAAAUAAAGCCUGAACCAGGGAAAAGAGAAAA